AUGGACCUGCCUACACUGUCCAAUCUCCUCGCGAGCACCUACAACCCAGAUCCAAAUGUUCAAAAGGCAGGAGAGCUGCAGCUUCGGAAGAUCGGCGGCCAGGAGGGCAUGGUUGCCGCUCUUCUGCAGAUCAUCGGCAAUGAUAGCGUUGAGCUCGCCACUCGACAAGCAGGCGCUGUUUACCUGAAGAAUCGCGUUGCAUCAUGCUAUCUGCUCGACACUCCCCAGCAGCGGCCUGAUCAUACUCCCUUCGCGCCAUCGGAUCGCAAUGCUCUCAAAGCGUCUAUACUGCCCUUACUCGCCGCAUCGCCUUCAAAGCUGAUUACUGUGCAGCUUGCAAGUGCUCUCAAAACUGCCGUGCAGCGCGAUUUCCCGAAGGAUUGGUCUGCCCUUCUCCCCGAAGUGAAGCAAAUGCUGAACAGCAGCAAUAUCCAUGAGGUAUCUGCAGGGUCCGUCGCAUCUCUAGAGAUGAUCAGGGCGUUCCGUUUCCGCCAGGAAAGCGAUGUUCUCCCAGGUCUCGUCGCUGAGCUGUUCCCGAGUUUGGUGACCAUUGCAAGCGGGCUGCUUUCAACGCCGCCUGCAAACGCAUCGGCCGAGAUCCCCUUCAUGCUCCAUAUGAUCCUGAAGGCUUACAAAACCAGUAUCGUGCUGCACCUCAGCGCCCAUCAGCAAAAUGCCGACAGCCUCGUGCCCUGGGGCAGACUUCUGUUCCAAGUUGUCAACCUGCAGAUCCCGAAGGAGGCCGUGCCCGAGGAUGAGGACGACCGGGAGCGCAGCGAGUGGUGGAAGGCGAAGAAGUGGGCGUAUGGCAUCCUUGGACGCCUGUUCCACCGCUUCGGCAACCCCUCGCAGCUGCCCAGCUCCAUGCAGAAAGACUAUGGCGCCUUCGCGCAGCAUUUUGUUACGACAUUCGCCCCCGAGAUCUUCAACGUCUACCUGCGCCAGAUUGAACUCUUUGUCUCCGGCCAGGCGUGGCUGUCCAAAAAGUGUCAAUAUCAGAUCCUCACAUUCUUCACGGAGUGUGUCAAACCGAAGUCGACUUGGGUCAUGCUUAAGCCCCAUUUCGAGACGCUCGUCUCGUCGUAUGUGUUCCCUCAGCUGUCGUUUACUCCGGCGAGGCAGGAGCAGUGGGAUAUUGACCCGAUCGACUAUGUUCGAACCUCCGUCGAUGAAUACGAGAAUUUCGACACUCCCGUUUCAGCUGCAACAUCCUUCCUUUUCUCGCUUGCCAGCAACAGAACUAAGACGACAUUCCUACCCAUUCUCGCAUUCAUCAACCGGGUGCUGCAAUCAAAAGCUGCAGCUCCCCAGCGAUUUGGUGCUUUGAACAUGACCGCUGCUUUGGGUCCGUUCAUUAUGCGCCACCCAGACGUCAAGAACAACAUGGAGCAGUUCAUGGUACAACACGCACUUCCCGAAUUCUCCAGUCCAGAACGUUACAUGCGUGCUAUUGCUUGCGAGGUCUUGGGCACCAUGGAGAAGGCUGGCAUGCAAUGGUCUGGCGACGAGGUGCUGAGUCGGCACUUCACGGCUGUCGCGGCUUGCCUGGAUGACCCUGAACUCCCUGUUCGCAUACAAGCAAGCUUAGCCCUCACCGAGAUGAUCACUGUCCAUCCUUCAGUGAAAGCUGCGGUAGCACCUCAGGUCGGCAAGGUCAUCCAGACACUCCUGAAGCUGUCCGAGGAGACUGAUUUGGACAUCCUGAACGCGUGCAUGGAAACUAUGGUCGAACAAUACCACGCUGAGUUACUCCCCGUUGCUGCAGAAUUGACUGCCCGUCUCUGUGACACCUACUCGCGACUCGCGAGGGACGUUGCAGCUGCUGAGCAGACAUCGGAUCGAGAGAUGGAUCUCGAUGCUCUCAUGGAGAGCGAUACCGGUGAGGACAAGACGUUUGCUGCAAUGGGUGUUGCGAAGACGAUUGGCACCAUCGUCGCCUCGGUGGAUUCGUCUCCUGAGAUCCUUGCCCAGAUCCAGGAGAUCAUCAUUCCUAUCGUCGUGCUCACCCUGGAGAACAAGUUGCUCGACUUGUUCGACAACAUGUAUGACCUUGUGGAUAGCCUCACGUUCAAGAUGCGCAACAUCUCGCCUAAUAUGUGGCCGGUCUUCGAGUUGACAUACAAGAUGUUCAAGUCCGACGCCAUUGAUUUCUUGGAUGAGAUGCUGCCUAGCCUAGAUAACUUCUUGUCCUACGGCCCGGACGUCUUCAAGGCCCGUCCCGACUACAGGCAGAUGAUCCUCGAAAUCUAUACCACGUCGAUCAAUAGCGAGCACCUCGGCGAGAACGAUGCAGUGAAUGGUUGCAAGCUUGCUGAGGCCAUGCUGCUCAACCUUCGUGGACACAUUGACGAUGCUCUGCAACCUAUCGUCACCACCGCCUGGCCUGUCCUUGACGCUGCGAACACUAACACGCUCCGCCUAGCGAACCUUGAGGUACUCAUCAACACCGUGUUGUACAACCCUGCCGCCGCCCUGCAUAUCAUGGAAAACAUCCGCCCAGGAGCUGCACGCACGUUCUUCGACAAGUGGUUCGAGGCGAUCAACGCCGAAAACCGCCUGCCCAGAGUGCACGACAAGAAAUUGAGCAUCAUGGCUCUGUGCGCCCUCCUCGAGAUGGAUUCUGCGCAGAUCCCGGACACCGUCAAAGAGGGCUGGCCCGGCAUCGUCGCAGGCGUUCUUAGCAUUUUCAAGGAUCUUCCCAAGGCGAUCGAGGCCCGCCAGGCGUUAGAGGAUGCCUUCAAGGCCGAUGACGACGACUCUGAUGGCGACGUAGAUGACUCUAAGUUCUUCAACCUUAAUGAGGAUGAUGACGACGUUUGGGACGAGGAUUCUGCGUACCUCGAGAUGCUCGCUAACGAGGGUGCACGUCUGCGCGAGAAAUCGCAAAGGCAGGCUGCGGGAGACGAUGUGUCCGAUAUCUCUGAGGAGACGGACAUCGACGAGGAGCUUGGCUAUCUCAGCCCUCUUGAGCACGUUGACCCGUACAUCUCGUUUAAGCAGGCCUUGACCGCCUUCCAAAUGAAGAAUGCUCCCCUCUACCAGCUCGCGACCACGUCUCUCACUACAGAGCAGCAGACGCUUCUCAUGGAAGUCAUGCGCGUUGCCGAAGAAAACAGCGCGAAAGCGCAGAGCUCGCAGUAGCGUAUGACGAUGUAUAUCAUGUAGAGUCAUGCAUCACGACCGCCACGCUUUCGGUAUCACAUCUAGCUGUCCUGUUGUUGUCGUUGACAUUGUUUCUUUAUUGUACCUCGUGUGUAUAAACCAUUCUAUCGCUAAUCCCGCUCUAGAUACAGUGGAUGGGGUUCUGUUUCUGUGUUCCGUAUUACUAUGCAACAAUUUGAUGUUUGUCCCCUGUUUGUGGGGAUGGUU